AUGCAGGGGUUGCCCCGUGGCUGCGCGCAGAGGGGAAGGCUGACGCGUGGGCGCGGUGGAACUUCUCAGUGCCGUCUGAAGGGUGGCUUCACUGUCGGGCAGGCCGUCGGGUUGGCCGUUGGGCUGGCCGAGGAGCUGGCCGUGGGUUGGGCGUCGGGCAAGGCCUCAGGCGUCAGACUGGCCGUGGGGCUGGUCGUGGAGCUGGCCAUGAGACUGGCCGUGGGGCUGGCUGUCGGGCUGGCCGUCGGGCAGGCCGUUGUGCUGGCGGUCGGGCUGGCCGUCGGACUGCUGGUCGUGGGGCUGGCAGUCGGGCUGACCGAGGGGGUGUCGGUCGGGCUGACUGCGGGGAUGGCCGUGAGGCUGGUCGUAGGGUUGCAAGUCGGGCUGGCCGCGGGACUGGCCGUAGGCCUGGUCGUGGAGGAGGCCGUGGGGCUGGUCGUGGGGCUGAAAGUCGGGCUGGCCGUGGGACCAGCCGUGGGGCUGGCAGUCGGGCUGGCCGUCAGGCUGGCCGUGGGGCUGGCAGUCCAGUUGGCCGUAGGGCUGGCCGUGGGGCUGGCAAACGGGCUUGCCCUGGGUCUGGCCGUGGGGCUGGCCGUGGAACUGGCCGUGGGGCUGGCAAUCGGGCUGGCCGUCGGGCUGGCUGUCGGGCUGGCCGUGGGGCUGGCCGUGGGGCUGCCCGCGGGACUGGCAGUCGGGCUGGCCACGGGGCGGGCCAACGGGUUGGCCGUCAAGCGGGCCGUGGGGCUGGCACCCGGCCAGGCAGUGGGGCUGGCAUUCGGGCUAGCCGCGGGGCUGGUCGCCAGGCUGGCCGAAGGGCUGGCCGUCGGACUGUCCGUGGGGCUGGCAGUCGGGCUGGCCGCGGGGCUGGCAGUCGGGCUGGCCGCGGGGCUGCCAGUCGUGUUGGCCGUGGGGCUGGCCGUGGGGCUGGCAGUCGGGCUGGCCGUUGGGCUGGCCGCGGGGCUGGCCGCGGGGCUGCACUCGGGCUGGCCUCGGGGCUGGCCGUGGGGCUGGCCAGGCUGGCCGUAG